GUCCAUAAUUCGCCACGUCAUCAUAAUAAAUAUCAAUGGCUCAGAUUUUAAUAAAUAGCCGAAAAUUUGUGAAUAUAUAAGGAACGCAAAAUUACCUUUCGUCAAACGGCGUCGUUAUCCAUCGGAAAUUCCUUCAUCGUGAAACCCAAAUUGUUUAGAAAUGCAAAACAGCGAGGAACAAAACUUUAGAAUCCGAAGAUUAGAGAUUACAGAUAAGAGAAAAGGAUUCAUAGAGUUACUGCAACAGCUUACAGUUUGCGAUUCAGUUUCUGAGAAGGAUUUUGAGGAUCGAUUUCGGGAGGUUGAUUCACUUGGAGAUGAUCAUGUUAUCGGCGUUAUUGAAGAUGAGGUUGCCGGAAAGAUUAUCGCAACGGGGUGUGUGUUUGUUGAGAAGAAAUUUAUAAGAAAUUGUGGUAAAGUUGGACAUAUUGAAGAUGUUGUUGUUGAUUCCAGUGCUCGUGGGAAGCAAUUGGGGAAGAAAGUGGUUGAAUUUCUCACUGAUCAUGCUCGUUCUGUUGGGUGCUACAAGGUUAUUCUUGAUUGCACGGUUAAGAAUACGGUAUUCUAUGAGAAGUGUGGUUUUAAGCAGAAGGAUGUUCAAAUGGCUAUGUAUUUUGGUUGAUUGAUUCUCUGUUUUUUUAGAUUCUGAGUUUGUUUUAUUUCUCAUGUGUUUGAUGUCUUUGGAAGGCAUGGUUGAUGUCAGAUACUAUUGUUAUAUUCAAUAGUUCAUUUUCUCAAA